CUAUCCUGCGUGUUGUUUUUUUGCGGAAAUUUGGUAGUUUACAAUAAAAGGAAAUAUGGCUUCUGACAGUGAGGUAAAGACCCUGCUGAAUUUUGUGAAUUUGGCAUCAUGUGAUAUCAAAGCUGCUUUGGAUAAAUCUGCCCCAUGCAGGAGAUCUGUGGACCACAGGAAAUAUUUGCAAAAGCAACUCAAAAGGUUUUCGCAGAAAUAUUCUCGUUUACCAAGAUGUCACCCCAGCAAAAGCUUGGAUGGGAGAAAAGGACUGAUAGAUAAACAUAAUUCUGCUACGCUCAACAAAACCUUAAGUGGAAAGAAUAGUGGACCUUUAGUGUCUGGGGAAAACUUAAUCGAUGGAUUGUGCUCCAAAGAGGAUCAUAUUGAGUCUGGAAUACCAGACCAGGUGCCCAUGAGGAAGAGACAAUUGCCAGCAUCAUUUUGGGAAGAACCAAGACCACCUUCUAGUCUCCUAGGCAUGGAGUAUCCUUCACGACUUGAUAUUUUAUACAAAGAUGGGGUUGAUGGUUCACUUCCUCUAUAUGAGACCAAAAGGCUAAAAAAUGUGGUCAUCCAUGACCGAUCCAGUGCACUUUGUGGCCAUCCUUCUGGUGAAAAGGAGUCUGGGGAAGUACAACCUGUGGUUUCUUUCCGUGAGCGAAUGGAUGCAUGUGGCUGCUGUGCCUUUCAGUACCAUGGACAAGCAUUACACCAACCCAGCCAUGGACUGCUUUCCCAACAUCCAUUUACAGCUCUGGCUCUGUGGAGUAAAAACACCGUCCCGACUGUCGAAAUCCAGCACUUAUGUAAAGAAUCAGGACAGCGGAUUUACAGACACGUGGUUCUCAAACCCAUCCCUACAAAGCCAGCAGUUCCCUCAUCUGUGUUCAAUGUGUUUGGCUAUAUAUAAUGCAGAGAGGGAACACUGGACCUAAUAUAUAUCCCAGUGUUCGUGUUUUGGGUUUUUGUUUUGUUUUGUAUUUUUGUAGUUUGUGCACAUGGAAGAAACUUUGUGUGAUUUUUAAAUGAUUUAAACUCUGAAAAGUAAGCUGAAUGAACAGCACUAGUGGACCGCCAAAAUAUUGUCCUCGGCAGUUCUGGGUGGUAACUACUGGUUUUAAAACCUUGAGCAUCAGAGAAAGGAACAGCAUGUUGCAAAGUCAAACACUCAUGGGGUUAACAGCCUUUGCUGAUCUAUCCCCAUAUAGCUCCCAUUCUUAAACUAUUUCUGUGUUUCAAUGAGCUUUUGUUUAAUUGCAUAAAAAUAUAUUUUGUGAUUUCUCUCUCCCCCAUACUUUUUUCUCCUUGAAGAAGUUUGGAAAGAUAAAUAAGCAUUUGUAAAUAUUACUACAAAACUACAAUAAAUCACAAUUGGC